AUGGCAUCGUAUGGUGGACGCGUUCCGGACCUGUCGCCUACGUCAGGGACAGAGGUGCCAUUUUACGGAACUCGUUGUCAUAAGUACCACGAAGCACAGAAACAGCAGCGUGAGGUUGUACUCACAGAGGGAGACAUGGAGAAAAUCAAGGAACUAUUGCUCGGCAACAAAACCGACCCUGCGCGAGCAGCGGAUGCAGAGAUGCGCCGGCAAGACCAUUUGCAGUCAAUCAAGAAAGUUGAAGGCUGGACAAACACGUUGCAGUCGAACUUGGCGAAACGCGUGGAGCAGAGGGCAAAGCGCCUAGCUGACGAAGAGGCUGCGCGCGUGGCCAUUGACGAAGAAGAGGCAGUUCUGAAACAGAAGAGACGCAUGGAACUACUAAAGCGUGCUGAUGACACGCUUGCGGCGAAUAACGAAAAGUACAGAGCGCUUAAAACGGGACUGAUGCAGGGCGAUUGGCUUAGGUGUCUCGAAGAACAGAAAAAGUGGAAGGAGCGACUGGCUAACGUAGAAGCCAUGCGUGCCGCACACUACAACAAAGUUCUCGCACGCACCGAACAAGAAAAAGCAGACAGAGAAGCCCGAGACCGCGCAGAAAAGCAAACAAAGAUGAAGGAGCUGCAAGCAGGAAGGCAGCUGCAAUACGAGGAAGCUCAAGAAAAGCGUAUCCGCGAAAAACACGAGCGCGAGGAAACAGGGAAAAGAAUUCGCGACGAAACCCGGCGCGCCUUAGAGGCCAUGGAGGCACAAGAAGAGCAAAAACGGAUACGUGUUCGGGAGGAGAAGCAGGCGAUGAAGCGGCAACUGGAUGAAGAAGUUCGUCUCAACAAACUAAGACGGGAGAAUGAGCGCCUUGAAGAGAAGGCUGCACUUGAUGAGUCAACGGCGUACGAAAAACGCGAAGCGAUCGUAAAAGAGAGAGAAGCAUAUCUCCGUCAAGAGGACGCAAGAGCGCGAGAAAGACGCAUUCAGGAUCUGGCUUGGCGCCUCGAAAAAUUGAAAGAAGAAGAGGCGCAGCGUCUGGCUCGCGACGUAGAAAGGCAGCAAGAAAAAGAUGCAGCUAGAGAAGGCGAGGAGAAAAGGAAGCGUGAGGAGCGGUACAUACUUAUUGCGCAAGAUAGGGCGAAUCAAAUCAGACGGAAGAGGGAAGAGGCGGAAACACAGAGGCGGGAAGAUGCAGAACUCACGCGAAACUAUCUAGAGGCGUCGAAGCUUGCGGACGCCGAGGAGCGCAGAGCCGCUGAAGAGAGAAAGCUCGCGAUGCGAGAGGUCGCCCAGAUUCAAAUGCAGCAGAUGCGAGAUACCCGCCGACGGCGAACUCAGGAAAGAGAAGACGAAAAGAGGGCCUUCAAUGACACGUUUAAACAAAUCGUAGAACAGGAAGAAAGGGUCGAUGCGUGCGCGGCACGGUGCAUUGGCAAUGCCAUUCGCGACGGAGAGAAUCCGAAACCGAUCGCUGCCGCCAUGAAUCGGUAUCUCAUCGCAUCUGGUGCAAAACCGCCCAGAAAAGCUGCUCAACAGAAAACCAGCAACAUCUUCAAUGCAGACGUGGACACGGAUAGUGCCAGUGAGGAGGAGAACGCUGAAAAGUGA